CAUUAAAAUUCUCAGUAAUUUGAAUCACUCAUAAUUCGUCAAAUUGUUACACAAACGGUGGUUCGAAGAGUAACAGUAACAGUAAAUUAUUAUUAUUAUUAAUUAAUAGUACAAAGUGUUUUAAAAAAAGGAGUAAAGAAGUGGGGGAAGUGAUCUUGAAGUCCGCCAAUAAGGACGCUACAAAUACCAGGGGACUGUUGUAUUGUGGACCGAAUUGUGCCGAAUUGCGCUUUAUUAUUACGCACUCAGCUUUUGACUGGUGUGUUGUGCUCGACAUUAGUUCGCGUUUAUUAUUUUUUUAAAAUUAAAGUUUUAUGCAUUACCGCUUAGAAAAAGCCUUCGAUUGUCAUGAAAAGUGCUUGCAUACGUAUGUUUCAGCAGGUAUUAUACCAGACAACACUCAAAACGAAACUUUGGAAGAGAAGUUCGGACGAAUAUCUGUAAAUGAACCGCACAACAACGACAACCAGAUCGACGACGACAACGACGCUAUUGUAAAGUUACAACAACCGUUACCUAUACAAUUUGCACCACUUUCUGCUAAAGACCAAGCAAAAGCUGUCGUCUUUGAAAAAUGUCGCCAAACAGAACCACUGCCGUUUUCAGAAUGUUACCCCGAUUCCAUUCUGCAAAACUGUUUCAAAAUUGGGGAAGGAGUUUACGGGGAAGUAUUUCAAUUUCGAGGAGAGAAUGGCAAACCAACAGUCAUGAAAAUAAUCCCAAUCGAAGGGGACCAGCUGGUUAAUGGAGAAGUGCAAAAGAAAUUUGAAGAGAUCAUGACUGAAAUUGUCAUUGCAAUGGAGUUAAGUUCUUUACGCAAUAACAAUACCAACAUAACAAACACGUUCUCUGAGCUCCAGAGAGUUCGGUGUGUGAAAGGUCGCUGGCCAGCGAGACUUUUGGAUCUUUGGGAUCUUUAUGAUGAAGAUCGCAAAUCAGAAAACGAUUCUCCGGAAAUAUUUGGCGAGGAUCAACUCUAUAUCACACUAGAACUGGCCAAUGGUGGCCGUGACCUCGAAGCCUUCGGUUUUACUAAUGCCUUACAAGCCUUCUCAGUUUUUCAGCAGGUUUCAUGUGCCUUAGCAGUAGCAGAAGAGUCCUUGGAAUUUGAACAUCGCGACCUACAUUGGGGUAAUGUGUUGGUGUCUAUUGUUGACCACGACAAAACGGUUAGUUUCGUAUUGAAUGGUAAAAAUAUUACUUUGGAAACAUACGGGGUGGAGGCGUCUAUAAUCGAUUUCACGCUUUCCCGCAUAACAAAAAGUAAUUGUUGCAUCUUUACCGAUGUUAGCAAUGACCUGGAAUUGUUCACUGCUGAAGGAGAUUAUCAGUUCGAAAUUUACCGUUUGAUGAAGAAACGCAAUGGAAACGAAUGGGAACAUUUUGAGCCUUACACUAAUGUGUUGUGGUUACACUAUUUAUUAGAUAAAGCUGUUACUGCCCUUCGCUACCGCAGCACCAAGUCCAAAUUGCACAAAGAGUACAUUCGAAAACUUCGAAAUAUCAAAGAUGUAAUACUUGAGUACACAAGUGUUAAAGAUUACGUCAUUAAUAACUUUCAGUUUACUUUUUAAUCCUAAUUUUUUUAUUGAAAAAGCGUAAUUAUAUAAGAGCGAUUUAUUUUUGUCUUUGUCGUGCAGUGUCAAUUAAUGUUUUUACUUCUUUCUUUUUGAAUGACUUUGUACAAUAAAAGUAUGUGUUGUUAUA